CCAUGAUUAAAGCUCGUUUAUAAACACAGCGACAGGACAGGCAGGUGAACAGCAGGUGUAAUGAGAGCACAGUAACGCUUAUACACUUUCGAAUUGGGCUUGAUGUUUGGAUAGAGACACUGGCUCUCAUUGACCAUCAGUCGGAAAAUAAGUGGAGACCAUACUGUGUUUUGAAGGGAUCAUUGGCAGGGUUGCGCGGCACGCAGAUGUGGUAAUGCCAAGAGCUGAAUCCACUGCAAUGGACAACUCGUGUCAGGCCCUGUGCCGGACCUUAGUCACUCAAAAUGGCCUUCAGCCAGAGAACGUGGACAUUUCACAGUCUGUACUAUACACAUCCAUCAUGGGACUCCUGCUGGUGACAGACAAUAAGAAAGAGCUGAAACUGGGAAAUGGACAAGUUGGACUGCGUAACGUUGGAAAUACUUGUUUCCUUAAUGCCAUCGUGCAGUGUCUCUCUCACACUCGUAGUCUUCGGGACUACUGUCUGAUGAGAACUUACCUUCAGGACAAACACUCCAACCAGGAACCUGUGCUUAUGAAUGAAUUCUCUAAAGUUUUGGCUGGCUUGUGGGAAUGUGAUGGUGGGGAAACCACAGUGAAUCCUGGGAAGUUUUAUCACGUCUUUAAAGAGUCAGCGCCUUACUUCAGUGGCUAUAGUCAGCAGGAUGCUCAGGAGUUCUUGCGGUUCCUCCUGGACAGGCUUCAUACAGAAAUUAACCGUCGUCCAUCUAAACGUCCUGCAGUUAUGGAAAUUAAGGAACCAGCAUACACACGAUUCAGGAUUUCAGAGGAGGCCUUUGCAAUGUGGCAGAGGCAUCUUGACAGGGAUGUCAGUAAAAUUGUUGAUUUGUUCUCCGGUCAGCUGCGCAGUUCCUUGCACUGUUCAGUCUGCUCCCAUUACUCCAACACCUUUGACGUGUUUUGUGACCUGUCACUCCCCAUCCCAAAGAAGAGUGAUUAUAGACGAACCGUCACACUGAGAGAGUGUCUAGACCUCUUUUCACAAGAGGAAAAACUUGAUCAAGAAAACUCACCAAUGUGUGAGCGGUGUAACCGUCGCACUGAGAGCACAAAGAGACUGACCAUCCAAAGGUUCCCUAGAAUCCUCGUAAUACACUUAAAUCGAUUUGCCAUGUCAAGGUACUCAAUCUCAAAGAGCACAGUGCCAGUUUCUUUCCCCCUGAAUGGGCUGGAUUUAGGGCCAUUUGGACCUGUUGACUGUGGUCCAGUGCUGUAUGAUCUUUAUGCAGUAUGCAAUCAUUCAGGCACAGUAAAUAUGGGACACUACACGGCUGCAUGUCGAGAGGAGGAGGGCUGGUGCUACUAUAAUGACUCAUGUGUUGGUGAAAUAAUAGAGGAGAAGCUUCAGUCCAAUCAGGCAUAUGUUCUCUUCUAUGAGCUCAAAAGCUGCAAUAUCACCAGAAAAUGAGGGCAGAGAGUGUGUUAUAUGAGACUUCUGUGAUUAUCUGGCAAAUUUCAGAUACCACAGAAAAAAUGUUGCCCUGUGAUGUUGGGAGAAAGUGAAUGAGCUUGAAAAAACUGGUCAAUUUACAUUAUUCAAUUUCAUUGUAAAUCCAUGAUAAUGAGGUAUUUUUUACUACAUUAAACAAUGUGUUUUAUUAACUUUAUGCACUCAGGAAAGCACAUUCUUUUAGAAAAACAUGCCUGUUGUAUAAAAAAAACCUAGAUAUGUAAGGACUUGUUUGCAGUGAAAUGUUGUUUGUUUUAUUUUUUCUGCAUUUUCUUAUUCUUAAAUUAAAAUCUGUACUUUGUAAUUUUAAUGUAAUUUUAAUUAAGAGUGGAAAAACAGGGCUGAACUAAACAUGGAAAUUAAUGCAGCUGGUGGAUAAUAUAAAAUGUUUGUCUGACUGUGCAAGCACACUGUACAUUAUGUCUGGCUUUACACAUAUGAGGACUUCCAUCAUAUAAAAGCUCUUAUGCUUCUGUUAUGGAAUGACAUGCAAAAUACUGUGCCAUAAACGAAUGCCCAAUUCCUCCACUUUAAAUCUUUUUGACCUAGUGUUAAAUCUGAUAUUUAGAUUGAACACUUACCCAAGUGUAUAAAUGUAGAAAAACCUUUUUAAUGUUUGUUUUAGUUUAGACAUUGAGGUAAUGAUUUACAGCAUGCC